UCCAUUAGGCGUCUGCAACAUGGACCCCACCAAGGGACUGUUCCGACGUCGGCCGUCGACCGCUUCCACCACACAUUCCAGGACACGCGCCCAGUCCUCCAAUGCCAACACGCACUCAUCCUCAAGUACUUUGGGCGUCAGCAGCGCUGCCGGAGGCGUUGUUGUGGCUGCCCAGUCCUGCCCCACAUCGCCCAAGCACUCGCCUCUGCAGCGCCGUUCGGUAGGUAAUGAGCGUAUUCCCGAGGAUGAGAUUGCCUACCAGCAGCCAGCCUCGACUCUGACCCCCACUACCUCCAGCGAGGCAGCAGAGUAUGCGGCAGCCAUCGAGGAUGCACGGAGGGAACAGCGCCAGCAGCAGCAGCAGCUCCAACUACAACGUUCGCCCUCGCGCUACAGCUACAAGUCAGGCGGCAGGGUUAAUUCUAUGAGUGGAACGGGCCAGGGCAACACAGCCGGAAGUCAGAAGGAGGCGCCAGCCGCCGCGGGGAACGUGGGGAAUGGAAGCUCACAGCUGCAGCGCAGCGCCAGCACCGUGAGCGGCUUCGGCGUGCGACCCCGCAGCAGUCCGGCGGGCCUACAUGCCUAUACGGGCUCGGUGCCCUCAUCUGUCCACGGAUCGCGGGUCGAUCUGCGCGAGAUUGACAAGGGUUCGGCUAUCUACUUGGGCUGCUCGGCACCGCGUGCCUCAACUUUGUCGAUCGCGUCGUCGCGUGGCUCAUCGGGCGGCUCGGCGCCACCUACACCAUGCCACACACCUCCUUCCAGCCCACGGCACGGUAUCCGAAGAUCGACCAGCCUGGCGAAAAAGCCCAGAUGAAGUUCUGACCGCAGCGCAAUCGAGUCGACGACUAUUUUUAUACAGCAGGACAAGCACAAUCCUCUGGAAUGUGUCUGUGCUCUAUACACCUUCAUCGAUUGGAACACCUUGGAUGGCUUAACCUGAACUUUUGGCUAUAACUAGACUUUCGGCAUCAACUUGGGAAAAUAGGGUAUGCAAAGGACAGCCUGCAGCUGCAUAUAAAUAUGUAGAUUUUCCUAUACGAGCAAGCUUUAAAUUUUCGAUGAAGGGAACAAAUCUUAACUAUUGGAUGUUACCCCAAAGCCUAUUUGUCACUUGGAAAAAAUUGUCAUCAGGCGCUGAUGAAACCAACUUUCAGUGAGUCCAUUUAACGAAAAGCAACUAGAAUUGGAAUUUCGUACCAGAUUCAUCCAUCAUUCUGAUGAACGGCAAUCGAAAGGAGCCAAAGAGUUCACUUUCUAAAUGAUCACUAUAUAUAUCACUAUAUAUAUUAUUAUGUAGGAUAAUUCUAUCGUCCACGAAUCGCUAGUUACUUUUUUAACUUAAUGCUAUUGGAAACCUACAAAUCGCUGGCUUUAGCUUAGAAUUGAGCAUUCGUCAAUUGAAGGGUGCAAAGCGAAUUAAUCAAAACUCGAAAAGAGACAAGAUGAAAUAUUUAUAAAAUUGUUGACAUACUAUUUUUUCAGAGACGCAUUUAACAAAUACUGACAUAUACAUAUAUAUAUAUAUUUACAGAUAUAUAUAUAUAUAUAUAGUGCGAAUUUACG